AUGCCUUCAACACCCCCUGACUACUUGCACCGAGUGUACGCAGGCGUUCUGGGAAAGCUCAUUGGCGUCUACCUGGGUCGGCCAUUUGAGAACUGGACGUAUCAGCAGAUUCUGAAAAAGCUUGGCCCGAUCGAGUACUAUGUGCACGACAAGUUCGGGUUACCAUGCGUCGUUAUAGACGAUGAUGUCUCUGGCACCUUCGCAUUCGUCAGAGCUCUCGAAGAGCAUGGCAUAACCGAUGAGCUUGGAGCGGAGCAAGUGGGUAAGACCUGGCUGAACAAUGUCAUCGAGCGAAGGAGCAUAUUCUGGUGGGGAGGCAACGGCAUCAGCACCGAGCAUACUGCCUAUUUGAAUCUCAAAAAGGGUAUCGCUGCUCCAGAGAGUGGGUCUAUCACUACCAACGGCCAGACUGUCGCCGAACAGAUCGGGGCUCAAAUUUUCAUUGACGCAUGGGCCAUGGUCGCGCCAGGGAACCCAAAAUUGGCCGCCCGACUUGCAGAAGCGGCCGGGAGAGUAAGCCACGAUGGUGAAGCCGUCCAUGCUGCGAAGCUCUGGGCUGCCAUGGAAGCCGAGGCCUUUGUAUCCAAGGAUGUCGACCAUUUGCUUGACACAGGUCUCUCAUUCAUACCUCAAGACUCGGAAAUUGCCAGCAUGAUCACAGAGAUCCGGGGUUGGGUCAAAGCAGAUGGUGACUGGCAGACAACUCGGCAACGAAUUGAGAGUCAGUACGGCUACGACAAGUAUCAUGGCAUUUGUCACGUCAUGCCUAAUCAUGGCAUUAUGAUCAUGACUUUGCUCUACGCUGGCGAUGACUUUAGCCGGGCACUGCACAUCAUCAAUACAUGUGGCUGGGAUACGGACUGCAACUCGGGAAACAUUGGCUGCCUAGUAGCAAUUAUGCAUGGAAUGAAGGCGUUUGAAGGAGGCCCUGAUUGGCGGGGUCCCAUUGCAGAUCGCGCAUUGAUCUCGAGCGCCGAUGGCGGUUAUUCUAUCAACGAUGCCUCCCGUAUCGCAUACGACAUUGUCAAUAUCGGGCGCCAACUGGCUAGCGAAGCCGUGAUCACUCCACCAGCUGCUCAGUACCACUUCUCACUUCCUGGCAGUGUCCAAGGCUUUCAGGCCACCGGAACAGGAGUCAUUCGAUGUACGCAGGCAGAAGUUGAUGGCAAGACAGGCCUCUGCACCUCAAUCGAAGGUUGGACACCAGGGCAAGCACCGAUCGAUGUGUCAACCCCAACAUUCACACCACCGGAUGUUCUGACGGUCAGUCGGCAUUACGAGAUGAUGGCUUGUCCGCUUCUGUAUCCUGGUCAGCGUGUCCGUGCUAUGGUUGGCGUCUCUGGUGGUACUUCACCAGGACUUCCGACAGUGAGGUUGCGAAUCAAAGCGUAUAACGAAGACGAUGAUUUAAUCACGGUCGACGGUGAUCCAGUCAAGCUAGAAAGCAGAGCGGAGUUGUCAUGGACAGUACCCGCUAGCCUCCAGAACAAGCCUAUUCAGCAGAUUGGAAUUGCGAUCAGCGCGGAAGGCAGACUAGACUGCGAUAUCUGGCUAUACCAACUGCAGUGGGAUGGCAUUCCGAGCAUGACCUUGCAGCGGCCAUCUGCUGGGCCCGAGGACCAUCAAGGCGUCGAGCACGCAGGCACCGGCAGUUUCUGGGAGCAAUCAUGGGUCAGCUCUGUUGAUAAAUUCCACGCCAGAAUGGGCCCUUCUUUCUUCCUCGGACAUGACCACGGGGAGGGCAUCAUCACUCAUGGGACACGGGACUGGACGGACUACGACGUCACCGCUCGUGGCUUCAAGGUGAAUCUUGGGGCUCCAGCAGGUGUGGCUAUACGGGUCCGCGGACUGAAUCGUUGGUAUGCUGUCAUGUUUGUGAAGGGUCAAUCUGACGGCAAAACCCGCAUGGCAAUAGUGAAGGCGAGAGACGAGAAAAGGAUCGACUUGGCCACUGAACAGUUCGAUUGGAAGCUGGACACUGCUUACGAAGUCAAGCUCCGCGCAGAGGGCAGUAAGAUCACGGCAACAGUGGCGGAUAUCACACUCAGCGCAGUCGACGAGGAAUACGUGGGCGGUGGAGUGGGUCUGGUCGUAACAGACGGCUCAUUGUCCAUCGACACCAUCGACAUCAGUCCCGUCCGAGACAUAUACUGA